CAUUAUAAAUAAAGCAGAAAAGAAGACCAUAAAUCACAAAAGGCUCUGAAAAAUAUCUGGGAAUAUCCAGUGUUUUCUGUUCAGGAAAGGGAACAUAAUAUAACACAGUGAGGGACAGGACUUUGCAAUUCUAGGAGGGAGCAUUGUUCCCCUGGAAUUCUGUAAUAGUCUCCCAAUGUGUUUUAUUUCUUAAUUUCAUUCCUUAGUUCAGAUCCAAACACUAGCUACCCAAUCUUUCACCUUUACUGGAUUCCCUCCCACAUAGCUUCCUGUUAUUUUUCCAGGUCUACUUUGCAAGAAGGUAUCAUACCCCUCAACCACAGACUGGCUGAGUCAUCAUCUCCACCUCAAUCCCAGUCCAGUGAUAGUUCACAUAAACACACACACACUUCCUCUUGGUUAUUCUUUGCAUUCUUAUUAACAAGUAUAAUUAGUAAUAAGUAUAUGUUAAUUUAAUGUCAUAUUCAGGUUCUUCCUUAGAGACUGAAGGGACAGAAGACAUAAGAAGUGCAUGGUUGCUGUAUUUGGAAAUUUUCUGCAUGGUUUUCUAUGUAGGUGAGGCAAAUAUUUCAAAGAGUGAUUAUCUUUUCAACUGUGCUUCAUAUUCUCUUUCUAGGUCUUCUCUGCUGUAUUAUGGAAUUAAAGAAUGCAUUUUCUAUUUCUUCAAGAGAUAGGCAAUAUACUAUGAAAGAAAUUAGGGUUUCUCACUGGAAGCAAGAAAACUCCCGUAAGAAAUGUGUCUGUAACAAAUGCCCACCAAUAUGCUUCAUACCAACAAUACACAGUUCCACCCUUCCUCCUUCCUUCUAAUAGGGAUCCCAGGGCUGGAAGACGUGCACAUCUGGAUUGGCGUCCCCUUCUUUGCAGUGUAUCUAAUAGCCCUCCUAGGGAACAUCACUAUCCUAUUUGUGAUACAGACUGAACACAGCCUCCAUCAACCUAUGUUUUAUCUCUUGGCCAUGUUGGCCUGCACUGAUCUGGGCUUGUCCACAGCCACCAUCCCCAAGAUGCUAGGCAUUUUCUGGUUUAAUCUUGGAGAGAUUUUAUUUGGUGCCUGCAUCACACAGAUGUACACCAUCCAUAUAUGUACUGGUCUGGAGUCAGUGGUGCUAACAGUCAUGGCCAUAGAUCGCUAUAUUGCCAUCUGCAACCCUCUGAGAUAUAGCAUGAUCCUUACCAACAAGGUAAUAGCCAUUCUGGGUAUAGUCAUCAUAGUCAGGACUUUGGUGUUUGUGACUCCGUUCAUAUUUCUCAUCCUAAGAUUACCUUUCUGUGGUGUCCGGAUUAUCCCCCAUACCUACUGUGAACAUAUGGGCUUGGCAAAGUUAGCUUGUGCCAAUAUUAGAGUCAAUGUUAUAUAUGGCUUGAUUGCUUUCUCGGUGGGAUACAUUGACCUUUCUGUGAUUGGAUUUUCUUAUGUCCAAAUCCUCCGAGCAGUCUUCCAUCUCCCAUCCUGGGAUGCCCGGCUCAAGGCACUCAGCACAUGUGGUUCCCAUGUCUGUGUCAUGUUGGCCUUCUACCUGCCAGCCCUCUUUUCCUUCAUGACACACCGCUUUGGCCACAACAUCCCUCAUUACAUCCACAUUCUUCUGGCCAAUCUCUAUGUGGUUGUUCCCCCUGCCCUUAACCCUGUUAUCUAUGGGGUCAGGACAAAACAGAUAAGAGAACGGGUACUUAGGAUGCUUAACCAUAAAAGCUAUUGACGUGUAUGUCCCAUUGUGAAUAUUCCAUAUAGCUUAGUAAGACAAUAAUGAGAUCAGAACAGAAGUAAACAUUAGAAACAUUUCUGUUAAAUUCCUCUGGAAUUCCCACACAAGCCAAUCACAUUAUAUUUCCCACCAUUGCUUAUAAUUUCAGUACAUGUUGGAAAGCACAGCUCAAAGAUUCCAAAACA